GGCAACACUAAAAUUUAUACCUAGCUUUCGUUAAAAUCAGAUGGUUAAAAUGUCGGAUGUUAGUUUUUAAUGCUGUUUAUUGUUGUGAAUUUGUGAUUAAAUUUAUUAAAUUAUCGUGUGAAUAUAAUAAUUAAAUUGGAUUGAAAAGGGUUUUAUAAUCUAGUGGAUUUCUACGUGAUAUAAUACAAAAUAGGACAUGGGAAAGAAAAAAGGAAAAGGAAAUAAAGGGGGGGAUGGAGAUGCCUCCAAAGGGCCUCAGCAUCCACCUCAGCAGCAACCCCAACAACCAGCUCCUCAGAGAGGGGCUGGCGACUCGCAAGCUCAAAAAGGCCCUGGGCCUUCUGGAGUCCAACAACAGCAACAGUUUGCUGGAAAACAGCAAUCAGGCUCUCAACAACCUCAAAGUCAGGGCCAACAACCCCAAAAGUCGGCUUGGGGUCAAAAAGGUCAACAACAACCUCAAACUGGCCCGCCUCCGGGGUUACAAGCCCAAGGACAGGGCCAACAACCUCAACAGCCGCCUUGGGGUCAAAGAGGUCAACCACAACCUCAAACUGGCCCACCUCCAGGAUUGCAAGCCCAAGGACAGGGGCAACAACCCCAGCAGUCAGCUUGGGGUCAAAGAGGUCAACAACAACAACCUCAAACUGGCCCACCUCCGGGAUGGCAAGCCCAACAACAGCAACCCCAAGGUCAAGGUCGAGGUCAAAAAGGUCCACAAGGCAUGGGUAGGGGGCAGGGCAGGGCUGAGACUACCCCUACUCCCCCUGGCUCAUAUCAUUCAACCAGUCCUAAACCAGAUAGUCCGGUUUCACCCCAAGGACCUCCACCUGGUAAAAGUCAACAAGCGCAAAAACAAGGUCAGCAGCAGCAGCAGCAACAACAACAAAAGAAAAAACAGGGGGGUCAGGGUGCCCCAUCCAAACCACUUGCUGCUGGAGCAGGAGACAAAAAAGCAUUGGAAGCUGAGCUUAAUAAACAAUUUCAGGAUAUGAAAUUAAAGCCACAGGAAAAGCAAAUUAAGCCAGGUACCCGCGGGCGACCUAUUCCUCUGGAGUCCAAUCACUUGACGCUUAGCAUCGGAAAAUUGGCUUCCGCAUUUCACUAUGACGUCGAUAUAAAUCCUGAUUUGCCGAAAAAGGCUUUGCCCCUCAUUUUGGAGGCGUUUCGCAAACAACAUUUCCCUCAGGUGUAUGUCGGUUUCGAUGGCCGAAAAAAUCUCUAUUCGGCCAAAAUGCUGCCAUUUGGACAAGCUAUCCAAGGAGAGGUCAAACUUAAGAUGGAGAGAGGAGAUAAGGAGUACAAGGUGGCAAUUAAAUUGGCCAGGGAAGUGGACCUGAGUCCCCUUCAUAAUCUCAAAUUGACCGUGCAAAAUCCAAUGGAUGCGCUAACUGUUGUCGAUAUCGUUUUGAAAUCUGCGCCGUCGAGGGCUUGCAUAAACGUCGGAAGAAGUUUCUUCCACAAGCCAGCACAAAUUAUUGAUUUGGGUGACGGUAUGGAAAUGUACAAUGGCUAUUACCAAUCAGCUAUUAGAGGUUGGAAGUUGCUUUUGAACGUUGACGUUGCACACAAAGCUUUUCCUAAAGCAAUAAACGUCAUCGAUCUAAUUUGUGAACUUGGCAGUACUUGGAGGGAUAAGUUGGAGAGAAAAUCGUUGUCUCAGCCCCUGCGCCGAGAUUUAUUGGAAACAUUAAGGAAAUACAUCAGCAAACUCAAAAUAGUUUACGAGAUCAAGAACCAGCCUGGCACGCGAAGAACAUACGGGGUCAACGGUCUGGGAGACCCGCCCAACGUGGCCACUUUCAAGUCAGACACGGGCCAGGUGAUGACGGUGAUGGACUACUUCAAAAACGAGAAGCGGACCCAUCUGCAGUACCCGAACAUGCCCACCCUCUGGGUGGGCCCGACCACGAGGAAAAUCUUGCUGCCCGUGGAAAUGUGCACCGUGCAAGAAGGCCAGGCGAUCAAAAGGAAAAUGAACGAGAACCAAACUUCGAACAUGAUCAAGGUGGCCGCGACCAACACGGCCAUGAGAAAGCAAAAGAUCAUGGAUGGAGUCAAUAAAGCGAGCUACAACACGGACCCCGUGAUUAAGGCGUUCGGGUUUUCGGUGGGCAACAAGUUUGAGGAAAUGCAGGGCAGGGUGCUGAACCCUCCUGUGCUGGAAUACGCCGAGAAUAGACGGACGCAGCCGCAGAAAGGCGUUUGGAGAUCGGGCGGGAAAUUUUUCACCUCGGUCACCAUCAAAAAGUGGACUAUCGCAGUGGCCGACCGAUACAUGCCUAAAAACUUGAACCAAUUCGCUGAAAUGAUUGUUGGGUCGACUAGAGAAAGCGGAAUCGUGAUGGGAAGACCCACAGAGCCGUACGUGCAGAUGGGACGACGCCAAGACAAGGACGACAUAAUAAAUUAUUUCAAGAGAAACAACGACUUCGACAUAAUCUUCGUGGUGGUGCCGAACAGCGGGCCGCAGUACUCGUACGUGAAGAGCGCCUCCGAGAUAAACGUGGGCUGCCUGACGCAGUGCAUAAAGGCGAGGACGCUGAACAAGCUUAACGCGCAAACGGUCGGCAACAUCAUGCUGAAGGUGAACAGCAAGCUGACCGGCGUGAACCACUUCCUGCACGCGCGGCCGCCCAUCAUGAACCGGCCGUGCAUGAUAAUCGGCGCGGACGUGACGCAUCCCAGUCCCGACGCGACGGAAACGCCCAGCGUCGCGGCGGUCGUCGCCUCGCACGAUCCCAAGGCUUUCCAGUACAACAUCUGCUGGCGCCUGCAGGACCCGCGCACCGAAGUUAUCCAGGACCUUGAAAACAUCAUGAAGGAGCAACUGAUGUUCUUCUACCAAAAAACCAGGUGCAAGCCUGAGAAGAUCGUGUUUUUCCGCGACGGCGUGGGCGAAGGGCAGUUCGACGAGAUCCGAAACGUGGAAAUCGGGGCCAUCCGGAAGGCGUGCCUGUCGAUGGGCGACAAGGGCGAGUACCAGCCGCCCAUCACGUUCGUGAUCGUGCAGAAGCGCCACCACACGCGACUGUUCCCGAAGAACCCGAGGGACUCGGAGGACAGGAACACGAACGUGCCGGCUGGAACGUGCGUGGACCACACGAUCACCAACCCCAUGAUGCAGGACUUCUACCUGGUGUCGCACGCGAGCAUCCAGGGCGUGGCCAAGCCCACCAAGUACUGCACCAUCUGGGACGACAACGACUUCAGCAACGACGACAUCGAGGAGUUGGCGUACUACCUGUGUCACAUGUUCACGAGGUGCAACAGGUCGGUGAGCUACGGCCCACCUACUACGCGCAUCUGGCCGCGGCCAGGGCCAAGGUCUACAUCGAGAACGAUCGGGUCGACUUGAACAAUUUGGCCGAAGUCCAAAAGAUCAACACGAUCAAAGACUGCAUCAGAAAAGAAUUACCCAUGUUCUUCGUGUAACUUUUUAUUUCUUAUUUUUUUGUCAACUCUGCUUUAGAUUUUAUAUGUUUAACCCUUUGUAUCCAAAUAAUCGUGAAAAAUAUUCUUUUUAAUAAUUUGUUUGUCAACACUGCUUUAGAUCAUUAAAGAAAAUAAUCAUUUAUUUUUAAGUCUCUUAUUUUUAUCAAGGUAUAGGGUAUUUUUAUUAAGGUUUAUAAUAUAGUCUAGUAUUUUAUUUUGCUUGGAAAAUAAAACAUUUAUAAACA